GGCCCGCCCGGGGCGGGCGGGGAUGGCGCUUCCUCCGCCCCAGCUGCUUCUCGUUGCAUCCUUGGCAGGACUCCUGGCCCCUGGUGAGGUGGUAGCUGAACUGGUGGAGGCGGCGGCUGGAGCCCAUUGCCCCGAGGGCCCGUGGCCUCUGCCCCCACAGGUGUCACCGAGAGUGACCUACACAAGGAUGAGCCUAGAGAUGGCUGAGAAUGCCAGCUUCCUCUACCACCCUUGUGCCCACCCCUGGCUAAAACUCCAGCUUGCUCUCUUGGCCCACGUUUUUGUGUCCCAGCCCUCACUGACCCCCAACUCCAGCCUCAGUCAGGAUCGGCCCCUGAUGCUGGCAGCAUGGGGGGUAGCGUUGGAGAUGGCAUGGGUAGAGCCAGCUCGGGUUGCCCAUUGGCUGAAGAGGCGGUGGAGGAAGGAGGCAUGGUCCCACUCUGACAGCCCUUCUGGGGCCUCUCGCCUGGUAUCAACCCGGAGCAGAAGGAAGCUGUGCGGAAGAGGGUGUGUGCAGGUCACAGCUUUGGCUUUUACUUUGCGGAGCUGGCGACCCCCAGGCACAGAGGUGGCUUCUAGAAGGCCCUGGCAGCUCUUCCCUGGUGGUGCCAAGAGGCGUGGGCUGCGGGCUGCCCUUGGUUUCCAGCCCACCCCAUCAGCCUUGAGGGCCCCCUCUGCUCCUCCCCAGAGUUUGGAGGACAAGCAGCCUAUGUUGGGAGCCCCAGGUGAAAGGGGUAGUAAUGUCCCAUUGGUGCCCACUGCCUCCCCGCUGCCUCGGGGACCUACAGGCAGUGCCAGUUUCAGGACAGAGACUCAAGUUCCCAAAGGGCAGAGCGGCUCUGGGGGCUGUGCCUGUCCAAGUCAGUCUCCCCCCGCCCCUCGGGCAGCUGCGCCUCCCCGGGCAGCCGGGGGCCCCACCCCACGCACAGAAGAGGCAGCCUGGGCUGCCAUGGCCCUGACCUUUCUGUUGGUGCUGCUCACCCUGGCCACGCUCUGCACAAGGCUACACCGAAACUUCCGACGUGGGGAGAGCAUCUACUGGGGACCCACAGCGGACAGUCAGGACACAGUGGCUGCUGUGCUGAAAAGGAGGCUGCUGUUGCCCCCGCGCAGGGUCAAGCGCCCCCGCGGGAAACCCCUCCUCCUGCCCACGCCAGAUAGCGGCCCGGAUGGGGACAGCUCCGACUGACCUGCCCAGCCUGCCACUGUGGCAGGCUUAGCUCCUCCCCCGCGGGGCCGCGACCUCUGCCACGUGGACUGCGCGCGGGGCCGCCCCCUGGUGGCCAAAACGAGCGUUGCCAAGACGUAGAUCCUUAAAAGUGGGGUUUGCCGGGAGGGGUGGUCAAGGGGAGGGCACCAGGCCGCCCCAGCCUCCCUCGCCAAAAUUCCCGUUACUUCUGAUUAAAUUAUUUUAGUAGA